GACAGAUCGUCUUAAAAUUCUGCACACCAGAAAGUCAAGAUGGAGCGAGCUGUCGUGAUGUGCCUAUUUGUUGCUUGCUCGGCUGCUCCUCUUCAGGAGAGUCAAAGUAAUGAGCAGAUCGCGGCACAUGCCAAUCAAGCCCUGAGGUUGAUGGAGAUGUACAGGCUCUACCAGCAGCAGGGAUUGGCGGUGAACCCGUUUCUUCCCGCCGCUGCAACUCCCAGAGUAAGAGCUGCAGCUAAAGCUCUGUCUCAGGUGGAUGCUGCCCCUGCUCAGGCAGCCACUGCCGCUGCUCCUCUCCCUCCAGCUGCUCCUGCUGCUGCUGCUCAGCCAGUUGGGGAAGAUGCAUCAGAGGAGGAGGAGAAUGCCAAGCCUGCCUCAAAACCUGCUGCUCCUGUUGCCACUCUAAAUUCCGAAGAGGCAGAGGAAAUGGAAGAGGAGGCAACUGUGGUCGAGCCAGAAGUAGAAGUGCCUGCAGCAGAUCCCGCAGCUCGUGCAGAUGUGCUAGCUGUGGAUGCUGCCCCACAAGCCCAUGAAGCUUCCGAAGCACCAGUAGGAUAAGUUGCUGCAGAAGAAGCUGCUCCUGCUGACUCUGCUGUCGUGUAAUUUUACACUGCAUAUUUCCAGCAUCUAAACAUAUCACUGGAGCGCUACAGCUCAAAAUGCGGGCACAGAAUGAAGACUGAAGAAUAUGCUUUAGUGGAUGCAUGCACAGUUAGAGUCCUGUUAGUGCAAAACAAAAGACAUAAA